AUGGGUCACUUUAAACCCGUAAUAAAAGUACAGACCAAAACUCCAAUACCAUCAUCCACUAAUAAUACUUCACCACCAACUCCACCGGAUACCACAAAUAACACGCCAGAUGCACAUACACAUCCAACACCAUCAACUUCUAGUCCGUCUUCAAACAAAGUUCCUGAAAAUAAUGAAAUAAGCAAUCCGAUUCGCGAGUCGAUUUCAGAGGAGCAAGGAUUAGACAAAACAGCCGAAGAUGAUAAAGAUUCAAAGAAGAAUGAUUUGGGGAAAGAAAACAACGAGAAUACUACCUCUACUAUCAAUACCACCAAAACAAUAUUCGUGGGUGAUAUCGAAAAUGGCCGGAGAACAGAUUGCUAUGAUGGUGAAAACACGCAAGAUUCGGAGAUCAUGAGGUCUUCAACUAAUACGACCGAAAAGGUAUUGAAAAAACGUAGAUCUAGAACUGGCAGGCGGAAUAAAAGUGAUGGGGGAAAUGCGGAUGGGAAACAACCUAGUUGUAAAAGGACGAGAGUUUCUAAGGAUAAAAAUGCUCCUAAAAAACCUGGCAAUGCCUGGCAUCAUUUUUUGACAAUUAAAAGAAGAGAGUACAUGAAGGACAAUCCGAGUAUGAAUUAUAUUGAAAUCAAUAAAUUAUUAGGAAAGAGAUGGAGAGGGAUGUCUAACGAGGAAAGAAAGCCGUAUCUUCAAAUUGCAAAAGAUGCGUCAGAAGAGUAUGAAAAAAAAUUAAAGAUAUACAAUGACACGAUUAAGGAGGAUGGUGCCCCUGUCUCCGAGGUUAGCGAAAUUGAUGCACCAUAUGAAAUUGACCCGGUUCCUCAAUAUCCGGAUUUUAGAUCUAUGCUCGGCUCUCCAGUCUCGUUCGGUCCAUUCGGAUCAGAUCUAGAUCUGGCCUUUCCAACGAAUGAAUUGGCGAGCGGAGUCGACGAUCAAAAUGAAGAAAACACCGAUAUUAGCAAAUUGUCAAGAAAUGUAAGCUUUGAACUCCAAUCGCUCAGAGAAAAUAUUCAAACUCAAUGUCCUGUCGAUGAGAAUACGGAUAAAAAUGGAUCUGACCAAUGCGAGUUGAACUCGCAAUCUCCAACUUUAAUGGUCAUUUCACGUCAAAACUCUCAGAUGACGUUAAACGAUCAGGAAAUUUUUUACAACACACAGCAAGAAACGCCUCAUGCGCAGCAAAGAAGCAAUCCCGCGACUUUUCAAUGUGUUCCGCAAAACAUGAACUACCAACAGCCUUCACAUCAAAUGACGUUCUAUCCAACGGCGCAACAAUAUUUUAUGAUCCCUUUUUACCAACCAACACAGCACUUGAUAGAACAACAAACACUCCGAGUGAAUAUGGUACAGCCUGAAGGUCAUUCGUUCUCCGAUCCUACCUCUGUGAUAAGCUGCCAACAUAUUGCAGUACAACCCGAAACUUCUAGACUGGCCUUUAAAGAUAUUACAAAUAAUUUUAAUCAGAAUGUGUCCCUCCAGCAAAUUCAAAACGCGGGUGGUCAAACAAUUGAGAAUCAAUCGGCUCCAAAUGUUCCACCUCCAACACCAAGCAUGACGUGCCAACAGAUUCCGAAUGCAUUUUUUCAGAAUGUAUGCAUUAAACAAGAGCCUUACAAUCUUAGUCACACGAAGAGCCAACAAAAUGGCCAAGCAAUGCCCCAUUCAGUGCUGAAUAUAAAGCAAGAGCGUCAUGUGGAAAUGGCACCAACAACGUCACAACAUACGACAUAUCCACAGCAACUUCCGCAGACAAUGUGGCAACAAACAUUUCCGCAGCCACUGUUUUCUUCUCACUCGGUGAUGGCCCAUCAGUCAAAUCAAUUACCAAUGCUGACUCAACAGAACAUGCCCUCCCAGGACAUGAUGCUUCAGCAAUUAAACCCUCAGAACAUAGUGAUGCAGCAUCCAAUGUUGCAGUCAAACGUACAGGCUGUUCAUCCAAACUUUUCCAUGCAAACGAACGAUAAUAGGCAAAUGUCAAAUCAACAAAAUUUCAUAAAUCUUCAACCAUUUCAAAUGAUUCCUGCGCAACAAACGACCUCCCAACAAACGAAUUACUCGUCAAUUCCUCCGGCAUCCAUGAUGAACCAGCUAACUUAUUUCAACCCGCAAAUGGAUAUGGCGCCGCAGAUUCAAGGAACUUGUCAAAUUGAUCGGUCUGGACGUUGA